GAACGUGAGAGGGCAUCACCUCACCUCUCUAAGCCUCAGUUUCCCAUCAGUGCAGUAUCGUACCCAUCACACCAAGCAGCUCUAAGAACUGAAGGGGAAGCGUUCACUUGGCAAACAAUGGGGAACCUACCCAGCUCACAGUCUUUUAGACAUCCAGCACUAUCAACACAGGUGUUCAAGAACAGAAUCCUAAAAGUUGAGUCUCUGAGAAAUAUCGCAAGAAUGGAUUUAGACCUCAGCACUUCAUUUUUCUGUGAAUCAUAUGAGGAUGACUGUAAGUCAGAAAAUGUGGACUUUAUACCCAGCCAAAGACCUGCUCUCCAACAGGCAGAUGGGGACCCUGGGUUCCAGAACACUCAGCUCAGCCCAUUUCAGAACAGCACUAACUUGCGUGCAAGGCAGGAACUGCAACAAAUUUCUGAGUCAUUUCACUCAUGGCUGCAGCCAGAAAAACACAGCAAAGAUGAAAUUAUUUUUCAAGUGGUCCUGGAACAGUUCAUGAUCAAUAGGCACUGCAGUGACAGGUCUAUGUUGAAGGAGAAAUGGGAGGCAAGUGGCAGAAACCUGGAGACAUUCAUGGAAAGUCUGAAUGAUGAUUGCAUGAGGACCCCUGGCUUGGUCCACGUUCACAUGCAGGGACAGGAAGCCCUUUUUUCUGAGAAUAUGCCCUUAAGAGAAGUCAUUGUUCAUUUAACAAAACAAUUAGCAGCAGGAACCCCAACAGUGGCAAACAUGGGGACACCCUUCUGGACUGCCUACAGUGGUUAUCUGCAAACAGGACAAGGAGAUGAGGAUAAAGAAAAUGGUGGCAACAUUUUGAAACCUACUGAAGUAAAUGACAAUAUUACUGGUGAAGGCCUUCAAAUACCUCCCCUGCUCAUUAUCCAGGGAGAGAACUAUCCUGGGCCUGGUGAGGGCGAUGAUUCUUUGGAGAAUCCACACAGCUCCAGAAGAGUGAGUCUAAGCCCCUCUAGGUCCGAUGAAGGGUCCCCAAAAGGACCCCGUAAUCAGGAUGUCCUCAUGGAGGUGGGACCAGCAUUUCUCUCCAGGCUGCACCAGGUCACCCCUGAACCGGAUCCUACCCAUCAGAGUAAUGCCGGAAGCUCCACAUGCGGGGUACUCCAAGGAAGGUCCCGCAAAGCCCAAAGAUCACACCAAUGUGACAAGUGUCCCAAGAUCUUUAGAUAUUUCUCUCGCUUAAAAGUCCAUCAGAGAAGACACAAUAAUGAGAGGACUUUCAUUUGUGCCGUGUGUAACAAAGGCUUUGUCCAGGCCUCGGAUCUACACGUGCAUCAGAAGAUUCAUACAGAAGAGAAGCCUUUCAGGUGCAGUACCUGUGCCUGGUCCUUCACCCACAGAACCAACCUUCUGGCUCAUGAGAGAAUCCACACGGGAGAGAAGCCCUACGUGUGUUCUGUGUGCCAGAGAUGCUUCCGCCAGUCAUCCACCUACCACCGCCACCUGAGGAUGCACCAGAGAACGAUCUUCAGAUGUGUUUCCUCCACAUUCGAAGCUUCCUCUGGAUAGUGCAUAUGAAUAUGCCUGCGAGUAUGUAUAUUUCCAUAGUACUUCUCUAUUUAGAACAUAUUCUCUAA